UGUUGCGGUCAACUAUACGCCGCAUACAAGCUUUUCUCCCUGGGUAAUCCUAUGAAGUAUUGGAAGCGUUGUCGGGAAAACGAAGAACGGCGAGUUAGGCAAAACGCAAAUACAUAUUCCGAAGCGGAAGCACACAAUAAAGCGUAUCGACGAGUUGCUACCCGUCAGAGACUCGCCAAUCUCAUGGCCCCCCAGUGCCUAGCUUCGAAAUGCUCGACAGCUAACAUAGCAUUAGCCAUCGCCGCUGCUCUCUUUGCUUCCACAGCCAUCUCUCUCUAUUUCUGGAGGAGAAAAUGCAGAGGUUUGGAAUCCAAGGUACGAGAGCUCGAGAAAUCCCUUAAGUCCUCAUCGGAGAAAUGUGGUGCCGAGAGACAAGGUCGUAUUCGGGCUCAGCAGGCAAUGAGGAAAGCACUAGCGUAUCCUAAAUCUGACAAUUUGGAGUUGUCUUCUUAUCCCAUGGCACCCAUUGGUGUCAUCCAGUCAUGCUUCUCUACCAGGAAUGGAACACCCAGGCAGCCUUUACUUGUACCCCUUGCUAGAGCAUGUCUGGUAUUUGAUCCCACUCGGGUUCCUUCUGCAUCCCUCGAGGGUCUUGGAGAAUAUUCUCAUUGCUGGAUUAUAUAUGUGUUUCACUUAAACACAGAUCUGGAGAAGUUAUGGAAGGAACCAUCUAAAUCAAAGUUCAAGGCGAAGGUGAGAGUACCAAGAUUGAAAGGCGGAAGGAUGGGUGUCUUUGCUACACGAUCUCCACAUCGACCGUGCCCUAUUGGGCUCACUGUUGCAAAGGUGGAGGCUGUAGAAGGAAAUAUGGUACUUCUCUCUGGUGUGGAUCUGGUUGAUGGGACGCCUGUGGUUGAUGUCAAACCUUAUCUACCAUACUGUGAUGCAAUCGAAGGAGCAACAGUGCCAAAGUGGGUUACGGAGGACAAUUUGUUGGAAGUAGCUUCUGUUAGCUUCUCUGAGGGCUUCCCUUCCAUUCUUGCUGACUGUUGGGUUAGAACAGGUAAGAAGUCACUCUAUGCUUCCCCGGAAGAGUUCCAAAAUUUAAUAAAGCAGGUGCUUUCAUGGGAUAUUCGGUCACUGUCUCAGAGAAAUCGACCUUAUGAUUCCCAUGUUGAGACAAGAAAUGGCAAAGCGUUGGUUUCCGAUUCAGACAGUUACCAAGAUGAAGAAGCUUCUACCCCCACGACUGAUCAGGCUUUUCUUUCUUUUGGGGGAAUAAUUUAUCAUCUGAAUUUGGAAGGUCUAGAUGUCUCAUACAGAAUCAAUUGCGAUGGAGAUGUCAUUGUUGAGAAAGUCGCCAUUUCACCCAACAUCCCAAGCAGCCAUCGAAACCGUUGCAAUUACUCGUCAUGGAUAGACAAAUCUAGGUGACUCAAGGCCUUCGAGACUUGAUAUUGGUGUUUCAAUGCCUAUAAUUCUAGCGAGUUUGUUCUCUAAACAUUUUUGUAGAACUGGUGACUUCCCUGUCCCUAGAAAUAGCAUUGUGGUUAUUAUCAGUCAGUAAAUUUCAAUUUUUAAUCAGAAUGGGAGGUGAGGGUACUGCAGUCCAAAGGCUGGCUGCCACACAAAGUGGCCAUGACGCUACUAUCCACCAUCCUUUGCCGGUCCCUAGUAUAAGGAUGGGGUUUCUUCCUUUAAAUGGUUCCCGUACAUGUACCAUGAUUAACAUGUUUGAAUAAGACAUGUAAUUGUUGGUGCUGCAUAUGCACUA